UAUACAUUUCAGCAUGGCUUUGGAGCAGCCCAAGUUAGCUACUGAGCAAUUCUCUCAACCGUGAACGGAAUUAUUCAAAAUAUACCUCUGCGUCGGGGCGGCUACCCGAUAUACUUACUCCUGAGACACCUGUUGGUGAGGCAAUGUUUACCACUACCUGUUUACGUUACGUCGUGAGCAAGUGAAGGAGCUCUACGAUCCAGCGUGGCAGAGGACCGUAAACACACAUUACUUAUGUUAACCAAAUAAUACGAACUAUUUCACCGAAACUAGCCACCAUGUCAACCGUGAAGUCUAAGACAAAAGACUCGACAGCGAAAACGCAACGACCUAAACCUUCAAAGGGAAACGACACAUCGAAAAAGAAAAAGAAACAGCGGAUGGCAGAAAACGCUACGUUUGUAAAGAUAAAGCAACCACCCAAGAACCCAGUAAAAGUGAAAGUUCCGCAAUCAUUACCUCCAAAAGAUUCCCUGCUGUUUUCUGCCAACUGGAAGACAUUGCAAGAGAUGCUGAAGGCCAGUCAACCGGAGAAGAAGCCGCCUGUGCCACCAAAACCUCCAAACUGUGCUCUUCAAAAGCAGGAGGCGAAAGAAAAACCUACAAAAAACAUUUCUAAGAACAAUGUCGGCCCCAAGCAGAAAGGCGCUGCGACAAAAGCGAAGCAAACACCUGUCCCUAAAAAUGUUGCCCCCAAGGACUCGAAGGUGAACUCGAAGGUUCCAGCUGGAAAGGAGGCGAAACCGCCUUCCGCUUCAAAAAGGAAGAGAGACAGUGGAAAGCUAAAGAGCGAGCAAGCAGCCAAGAAAAAAAAGCCUGCGAUCGAGAAGAAGGAACUCACAGAAGAGGACAUGUGGUUCGAUGACGUGGACCCUGAUGACAUUGAGGCAACGGUGGGAGCCGAGGCAGCCGAGAUCAUGAGGAAGAAGCAGGGCAUUCAGAAGCACCUGGACACAGAGAGCGUCCUGGUCAAGGAGGGAGCCUUUGAGGGCCUCACCAAAGCCGUGGCCAUUGAUUGUGAGAUGGUGGGAGUCGGUCUUGACGGAGAGGACAGCAUCUUGGCUCGUGUGUCCCUCGUGAACCUCUUUGGGAAAUGCAUCUAUGACAAAUAUGUGAAACCCACAGAAAAGGUAACAGACUACAGGACAGCUGUCAGUGGAAUCCGACCAGAGGACAUCGCAGAGGGAGAGAAUGUUCACCUCGUGCAGAGGGAGGUUUCUGAGAUCCUGCAAGGCAGAAUAGUGGUUGGACACGCCAUACACAAUGACCUAAAGAUUUUACUUUUGGAUCAUCCAAAAAAGAAAAUCCGGGACACUCAGAAGUACAAACCUUUUAAGACGGCUGUUAAGAGUGGCCGACCCGCUCUGAGAGUCCUCUGUCGAGAGAUACUCAACUUUAAGGUGCAACAGGGUGAACAUUCAUCCGUCCAAGACGCACAGGCCACCAUGAGGCUCUACACAAUGGUGAGAAAACAGUGGGAAGCCGAGAUUAAAGCCAGUCAUACCAACACAUACUCAUCUGUGAAGAGGGCAAGGAAGCCAAAGUCCAUCAAGCCCAAGCCUUUCGUGGAAUUCUGAAUUCAAAUCCAAAAUGCAAGAGGAUGGAUCAUAUCUGGAGCAUCCUUGACCGGAACAAUGAGAGUUGUGUCAAGAUGUCCAUACGAUGUGUUUCUAACCCCUCAGACAGACGGGGCUUGAGAAACUUGCACAAAGCCAGACGUGUUCUGCCUGAGCAUCCAAAGCUGGGACUCCAACACCCGAGAGAUCAUGAGCCUUUAUCUACGCUUCCUUUCUUUAAUGAAGACAUUGUUCCCCAAACUUGUUAUCUCCAGCAGUCAGAAACAGAUGUUUAAAUCAUCUAUUUGUACCUCUUGAAUACUCAUGAGAACUCAAUCAUUUGUUCAUUAGCACAACAUCUUUAUUUUUGCAUAAAGGUUCAAGUAUUAUAUACAUUUAGUUGUUUAGGUAUUUGUUCUCUCAUGGCUUGGUUUGUAGAAGAGUGAGUCCUGGUUGCCUUUUAUGUUUUAAAAACUAUGAAUAAAACAAGACAAAUGACUUCUAUGUAGCUUUUAUGCAAUUGUUGUUAAUAAAAUCCCUGACCAGUGA